CACCUUAGUAUGUCAUAUGUGCAAACCCACAUGCCCAAACCCUUUAUCAACACAAUUUCGUUUCGUAUAUUAUAUUUCUACUUCAUUUAUACUUUGGGGAGUGAGUUGAUUCAUUAACUCUUGGAUUUUGGGGGCUCUGUGUUUUCCUUAGAGAAGUCAUUAUGUCUUUAAUGGGUUUGUUGGUGGAAGAUGUGUCAGUGACGUGAAGAAGACGAACAACAACAAUAAGCUUGCAAUAAAUGUUUUACUUUCACCUUCAUCAAACAACACACAAAAUUAAAGUGUUUUUAGACUCUUCAGAAAAGUCAAAACGGUGAAAAAGAGGAGAUUCCUCAGCCGUUACAAUGUCUUCUAGCUUGAUUUUCACCUUCAUUUUCACACUCUGCCUCCUCUCGUCUUGCUUCUCCUCCUCUGCUUCUCUACAUAAUGCCACAGACGAAAAUGUGACUCUCCGGCCUCAACAUGAGAUCCAGAAGCUGAAACUUAUCAGAGAACACCUCCAAAAGAUCAAUAAACCCACCGUGAAGACCAUUCAGAGCCCAGAUGGAGAUACAAUAGAUUGUGUUCCAUCUCAUCACCAGCCUGCUUUUGAUCAUCCCAUGUUGCAAGGACAAAGACCAAUGGAUCCACCAGAGAUGCCCAAAGGGUAUAGCCAAGAAAAUGAAUCCCAUGAAGAUUUUCAGCUUUGGAGUUUGACCGGCGAGUCUUGUCCGGAAGGAACGAUUCCGAUCAGAAGAACGACGGAGCAAGACAUGUUAAGAGCAAGUUCUGUCCGUAGAUUUGGUCGCAAAAUCAGGCGUGUAAGAAGGGACUCGAGCAGUAACGGCCACGAGCAUGCGGUUGGAUACGUAUCGGGAAGUCAAUAUUACGGAGCAAAAGCAAGUAUAAACGUGUGGACGCCACGUGUCAGUAGCCAAUAUGAUUUUAGUUUGUCUCAGAUUUGGGUCAUCGCCGGUUCUUUCGCCGACGAUCUUAAUACCAUCGAAGCUGGUUGGCAGGUUAGCCCAGAGCUGUACGGAGACACUAGCCCAAGAUUCUUCACCUAUUGGACGUCCGAUGCGUACCAGGCAACAGGAUGCUAUAACCUAUUGUGUUCCGGUUUUAUUCAGACAAACAAUCGAAUUGCGAUCGGAGCUGCCAUUUCUCCGGUUUCAUCGUAUAAAGGUGGACAAUUCGAUAUAAGUUUAUUGAUAUGGAAGGACCCAAAACACGGCCACUGGUGGCUCCAUUUCGGGUCGGGGACACUAGUCGGGUACUGGCCCGUAUCAUUGUUCACACACCUGAUGGAGCAUGGGAACAUGGUCCAGUUCGGUGGCGAGAUCGUGAACACAAAACCUGGUGGUUCACAUACGUCGACACAAAUGGGAAGUGGACAUUUUGCUGGUGAAGGUUUUGGAAAAGCGUCUUACUUUAGGAAUCUCGAGAUGGUAGAUUGGGACAAUACUCUUAUUCCGACAGCUAAUCUUAGAGUUCUUGCGGAUCAUCCGAAUUGUUAUGACAUAAGAGGAGGAGUAAACAGGGUUUGGGGUAACUAUUUUUAUUACGGAGGACCCGGUAAAAACUCGAAGUGUCCUUAGAGUUGGAAAAAGAGUAAAUUAUGUGUGUUUCAGUCGACGUAGGCAAGUUUUUUUUUUUGGGAUUGAGGGCUCUGGACAAAGAUCCAGAGAAUUUUUU